AUGAGAAUGUUCAAAUGGUCCCCUGACUUUGACCCCAACGAGGAAACCUCCUUGGCUCCAAUUUGGGUUCUAUUACCAGAACUCCCCUUCCAUAUGUUUAAAUGGGAAUACCUAAAGCAAGUGUUAGAACAAAUUGGUACUCCAAUGAAAGAGGACAUUACGACCAUUGCAAGAACCAGACCACACAUGGCCAAAGUCAGAGUAGAGGUCGAUCUGAUGAAAGCACUCCCAGAUUCGGUGUUCGUUGGCAUUAAAGGCGAUACAACAGGCUUGAAGGGUAGAGAUCAAAAACUAGAAUAUGAGGGCGUCCCAGCAUUCUGUAAGACUUGUAAACUACAAGGACACGAUUACGAGAGAUGCAAGGUCGAGGCAAGAAAGAGAGAACAAGCCAGAGCUAACCAAGCUACUGAAAAUGCUAAGAAAAAACAAGACCAAGCAAGAACUAAUAUAGUUGGAGAAACAGGAAAUAAGGCUACUGAGGGGACAACUAUUAACAACACUGAUAACAAAGCAGCUGAACCUGCCAAAAACGACACUGAAACAAAAAAUGAAGAAACUAAUGUUACACAAGGAAAAGGGGAACUGAACAACAAACAUGGCCUAGAUAUAGACAAUAAUUCUAUCUAUGAAUCAGGAGAGGACAUUAAUAGUAACCAAUCUCACGAGGCCUCCACAGAUGAUGAAAUUGCUAAUAGUUCUAUAGGAGGAAGUGAGGAUGAUUAA